AUGUCUACGGAUACAGCGGGCGAUUUAGCUGUUGAAAAUGCGUCAACACCAGAUACACCUCCUAGUAUAGGUUCUAAGGCUGAGGAAGUCAAGGAGAAAUCUGAAGUGAAAAGUGAUAUAGUGGCCAAUAAACAAUCUUCUAGCAACUUAAGUGAUUCUCAAGAUUCAAACAAAACGAACGACAAAACUAGUGAUACAGAAACAAAUCCUGACAGUGACUCUAAGACAGAGCUAGAAGAUAAGUCCAAAUCUGAAACGAAAGUCAAGACUAAGCCCCCAAAACGGCUAACUCUUCAAGAAAGACUUCAACUGGCGGCCCAAAAAGGUUCUUCAGCCGCAGAUAGAAAGUACAAGAAAAGAAGUGUUUCUUCAAAGGUAUUAAAACAAGUCCAAAGUGGAAGCCCUGAGCCUAGUAGUGUAUCUGCAUCUUCAACACCCAGAUCGAGUACUAGUAUCGAAUGCAACUCGACACAAAAUCAUGACUUGUCCAUACCAAAAGAAUACGCAGAUCUCACAAAGGACAAAUUACUUGAAUUGGUGGCAAGAAAUGAACAGACAGUCAAGAAAUUACGCCAGAAAAUAAAAAGCCCUGAAAAUGCCGAGGUGAAAGACACAAAUACGGAGCUAGAAUCGUUGAAGAAGAAGUUGAAGCAGAAGGACGAUACAAUAGAACAGAUUAUGAAAGAAGGUAGCGAGUUAUCUGCCAAGGAGGUUAGACUUUCUCAAUCGUUGAAGAAAAUGAAGGUGCGAGAACAGGAUUUAGAAAAUGAACUCGACAUUUCCGAAAAAAACGGUAAGCUGUUUGCAAUGAAGGCGAUCAAAAUGGAAGAAAGCGUUUCAGCGUUAAAAAAUCAGCUUAAAGCUGCUAACAACGAUGCUCAACUCACAAGGCGGCUACAGUCUAAAUCCGACAGUUUAGAAGCUCAAAAUAAGAAGCUUCGACAGGAAUUGGAAGUAUCGAAGAGCGAAAAUGCUGAUCUUGACACUCUCAAAAGGGAGAAGGGAGAACUAAAAGAUAGAUUCACGAAAUUGAAAAAGGACUUUGAGCAGUUUAAAGCAGACAAAACUAGGGAGACAAAAAUCUUGAAAGAGAUAAUACAGAAGCAGAAAGCCAAACAUCUUAAGAACAAAGAAGAAUCAGAUAAGGAAAUAAAGAGACUUGAGGCAAAGGUAGAGCAGAUUAGAAUACAAAACGAGUCGCAUUUAUCUGGAUCAAAGGCAUCCAGGGGCCAUAAUAACUCUGAAAGCCUUGAUUCUUCUUCACUUUCAAUGCUACAGGCACAAUAUACACAGGCGCAGGAGAACUGGAAACUACUAGAGACAUCGUAUGAGAAGAAAAUUGGAGAUGCGAAUACCGAACUUGAUAUGUACAAGAAGAGAGCAACCGAAAAUGCCAAAAAGAUACGGGCACUAAGCAAUGAUUUGAACUCUAGAACGGAAGAGAUGAAUCAGCAAAUCGAGACCGAAUCGUCUCUCACUUCUGAUCUUGCUGUAUGUCGGAAUGAGCUUGCAAAGCUGCAGUCCGAUUUCAAAUCCUUGAAGCAGAGGUAUGACAUUCUUCAAAAAGAUUACGAUACCGAGAAGACAGAAUUCGAGAAAAAGUUGAAAGAGCUAUCCGAGGAAAAGACGAGAUUGAGUGAGACUCUUAGAUUGAGAACAGACAGUUUGAACAAUGGCCAGGGUGAUGGAAACUUUACGCCUUCUUUCUACUUGAACGACUUUGACUCAUCUACUAGUGUGCCUGCACUCAACCAACAAAAUCGCACAACCAGUCUUGGAAAUAUUGCAGUUGGUGAAUCUGCACUGACACCAGGCCUCGAGUACUCGAAGACUUUUCCUAAUUCCGAUAGUUCAACAGACGUAAGAAGACGUUCUAGAGGCCAGUUACCAUAUUUGACGACGACACAACAACAACAGCAACCACAAUUGCAGCCACCAUCACCAUUAACUGGCAUCUCAAAGAUCAGAGACCAUGCUGAGAGCUCCAUUAUCCAGAAUGAGAAUGGAUCCACCAUUCUUGAGCGUGAUGAAUACAGAAGUGGGCCAAUAGCGCCUUCUGAAUCUGCAUCGAAUGUAGGUGGUUCACUGGCACCUCCAUCUGUUUCAAACAUCCAGUUGGUUACAAAACUUUCGGCGAGAGUGAGGCAACUUGAACGUGAAAAGAUUUCGCUCAAGGACGAGAACGAAAACCUCAGCAAGAUGAAGGAGGACGCAUCGAACGAGAUUUUGAAGCUCAUGAAACGGUUUGAGGAAACGAGAGACAACGAGGACAGAUUAUCGAAACUACAGAUUGAAAUUGGUGAGACCAAUAAGCGCUAUGAGCAGGCCUUGGAAUCACUCGGUGAGAAAACUGAGCGUUGUACUGAACUUCAAGAUGAUGUCGCCGAUUUGAAGGACAUGCUCAAGCAGCAAACUUUGGAGCUGGUGGCUCUACACGAUAAAGUGGACGGAAAGUAA